GAAGAGCUUCGCCCGGCGCCAUUUUAGUUCCUGUGGAGUCGAGAAGGCGGAAGCGGCGCCAUCAGCUCGCCGUGGCCGUUGGUGAGAGAGUGUGUGAGCCCUUGGCUGUCGUUAGUCAGAGCUUUGUGAGUGACGCUGCCCAGGAUGCCGUCCUCCCCGCUCAGAGUGGCCGUGGUGUGUUCCAGUAACCAGAACCGCAGCAUGGAAGCGCACAAUAUCCUCAGCAAACGAUCAUUUAAUGUGCGAUCCUUUGGAACAGGAACACAUGUGAAGCUUCCCGGACCAGCACCAGACAAGCCAAAUGUUUACGAUUUCAAAACCACAUAUGAACAGAUGUACAAUGAUCUACUUAAGAAAGACAAAGAACUAUAUACACAGAAUGGGAUUUUACACAUGUUGGACAGAAACAAACGGAUCAAACCACGACCAGAGAGGUUCCAGAACUGCAAAGACUAUUUUGACUUGGUGAUCACAUGCGAGGAGAGAGUAUAUGAUCAAGUUGUUGAAGAUUUAAAUUCAAGAGAGCAAGAGACAUGCCAACCCGUACAUGUAAUAAAUGUUGAUAUUCAAGAUAACCAUGAAGAAGCCACGCUAGGAGCAUUCUUGAUUUGCGAGCUGUGCCAAUGUAUACAGCAUACAGAAGACAUGGAAAAUGAAAUUGAUGAACUAUUACAAGAGUUUGAAGACAAAAGCGGACGAACCUUUCUUCACACCGUCUGUUUCUAUUGAUGCAAACUCUCUCAGGCCUUAACGGAUUACGUUCUACUGCAUUUUCCAAGACAUACCAUUCAUUUUUUUUUUUUUUUAAUUAUUAUUUUUUUUUAUUCUGAAAGUGUUUCCUUCCUUCAGGUAUUCUGUCCAAAAAGGCAUGGAUGUAAAAAUGUGUGUGCGUGUAAAUAUGGAAGAAAAAAGAAAUCUAGACUAUGAAAGAUAUGAAAAACAAAAAACAAAUCAAGAUUGCGUUAACUUGUGCUGGAGAAAGUAUUAUUAUUAUUUUUUUUUUUAAUAUAGUUUUCUUUUCAUAUGAAGACUUUCUGUUGUGGUUCUAUUUACUUUUUAACCCCUUGCACCAUUUUUAAUGGACCCACUAUCUGCACAGGGGAUAACACUGACUUAAGUGGCUGUAAGGCAGAUUUAAAUAUGAAUAUUAAUAUCUGUAAAAUAAUAGCUAAUAAAUUGGAAAUAUAUCAA